GUUCAACCGCUCUGCCAUCGCUCGCAUUACAUCAUCAAUAUCCAGCAGCAAGCGGAUCAGAUCGGAAGGCUAUUUCCGUCUGCAGACCCCCGAUCAGAGGCGCGGGGGGGAGGGGGGGAGGAGAAGUCGUUCGGGUGCUUUGACCGGACAUCGUGGGGAUGAUAUACAAUAACAACACGGCCACGAUGCAUCCAUAGCGGAAUGAUGUGACGUGUCUCCGACAGGGGGAGACCAGAGACACCGUCACCACCGCGCGCCUCCAUCUCCCUUUGUUCACCGAGGAGGGGAUGACCAGGGAUGACAUGAUGGCGGAGGUAGAGGCAGCGCCCCCCCGCCGGGACCAUCAGCCCCCAUUCCCCUACGAGGAGUACGAGUGCAAGAUCUGCUACAACUACUUCGACCUGGACCGCCGCGCGCCCAAGCUGCUGGAGUGCGUGCACACCUUCUGCGAGCAGUGUCUCACCGCGCUGCACCUGCGCGAAGAGCGGCCGUGGCGCGUCAGCUGCCCGGUGUGCCGCCACCGGACGCCCGUGCCGGACUACCGCAUCCAGAACCUGCCCAACAACACCAAGGUGACAGAGGACUUCCCGCUCUACAUGGACUCGGACCCCCUGCCGCAGGACGCCUUGCCGCUCUACCCGCCCCCGCUGCACCCGGCCCUGGUGGCGCUGCGGCGGGAGGAGGAGGUGUCCGGCGGUGACCAGGCCACCCCCUCCUCCACCACCACCUCCGACCCCGUGUCAACUGCCACCACCCUCUCGCGGGACUCGGUGCGAGACUACGACAGCUGCCAGAGCUGUAAGCGCGUGGCGCUGACCACGGGCUGCGUGUGCGUCGUCUUCUCCUUCCUGUCCAUGCUCGUGCUGCUCUUCAUGGGCCUGAUCUUCGUGCACAGCCACGGCAGCCCCCCCUCCCCGGCCGGGCCCAUUUGCCUGUCCGUGGCCAGCAUCCUCGCCAUGUUCUCCGUGGUGGUCACGUGGCUCAUAUGCUGGCUCAAAUACAGACCCGCCGAGCACGAGACGGGGGGGCGCGCGACAGCCACCAACAGCUCCCGGAGGAAUGCCUGAUCCGCAGCUAUAGGGUCUGUCACGAGAACGGCCCCUUUAUUUUUUUGUGUGUUCGUGUGUGUGUGUGUGUGUGUGUGUGUGUGUGUGUGUGUGUGUGUGUGUGUGUGUGUGUGUGUGUGUGUGUGUGUGUGUGUGUGUGUGUGUGUGUGUGUGUGUAAUACUGGAUACUGAUAUUCCUACUUCCUUUACCCUUUUCUAGGAACCUAUAUAUCUAACAAAGAUUGCCUUUCAAUGAUAUCAAAACACCCCAGGGCCUUGUGAUGUGAGCACUGGGCUCCCUGUAGUGAGGGAUUCAGACUGUUUUUUGGUCAAGCACUGAACUGUGGUGGAUGGCUUGAUGAAGAAGAGAAGUGCUUAUUUGAGUGUGACCAAAACCUCUCCUGGAAGAUAUUGCAUAUUCCGUACCGCUCACUGUAUAUGAUAUUGUCGUUCACUCUUCUAGCUUUCACCUACAUAGUAGAGCUGCAAAUGAUAACACAUUCUCUAUGAAGAAGCUGGAUUUAGUUUGGCUUUCAUUGUUAAACAUUAUGGGAUCCACCAUCUUAACUGUAAAUACUCAUGGGUACAGACAGUCCCUCGGGUCAAACAAUCCUCUGAUCUCUAUGCUCUCCUGUUCUCAUCAGUGUCCUUGGUGAGGAACCAGUUCAUUGCAGCUGUGUUUGAUCCCACCCAUAGGGUCAUGGGUUUUGCAUGCAUACACCGAGUACAGGCGGGAGACAGUUGGACAGUUUGCUGAGUCUCUCCGCCUGUGUGCCUCUCCCCGUUGUUAAUCUCCAAAGUGACCUGCGGCCACCACCUAAUCCAUCUUCCAAUGACAUGCUCAAUUCAAUCAGUCUACCUACCAAUCAAAUGCUCAAUCCAAUCAGUCUACAGAAUAAUGACAUGCUCCAUUCAAUCACCCAAUCAGUCUGCUGACCAAUGAAAUGCUCAAUCUAAUCAAUCAAUCAACGCACUGGCCACUGGAAAUGGUCAAUCAGGCCGUGUCACAUGAUACUGUGAUUGUUGAGAAACUGUUCUUCACUCAGAGAGGACCGGACAGGCAGUCAGAGAGGACCAAACAGGCUGUCAGAGGGGACCAGACAGGCGGUCAGAGAGGACCAGACAGGCGGUCAGAGAGGACCAGACAGGUGGUCAGAGAGGACCAAACAGGCGGUCUGAGGGGACCAGAGGUGGUCAGAGAGGACCAGACAGGCGGUCAGAGAGGACCAGACAGGCAGUCAGAGGGGACCAGACAGGCGGUCAGAGGGGAUCAGACAGGUGUUCAGAGACGUAGCAGACAGGGUAUUCUCAGCCUUCCAUCUCUGGGUUUAUUUAUUUAUAUCCGGAGAAAAUGUAUUCUUUUUACUGUAAUCCUUAUUAUCAUUGUUGAAAUUGUUGCCGUUUUAUUUAUUUUUUAAUCUAUUUUCAGGGUUUUGGAAAACAAGGUUUGUAAGGGAGGCUGAGCUCAGUAUUUACGAUAUUGGCGAGGAGUGUUUUAGAAGCCAAAGAGAGAUUUAGAAAUACACCAAAACACUUCCUCCACGGGGUCAGAGAUGUCACAGUCCUCUGUAAUGUCUCCUCCUUCAUGGUGUCAGAGACGUCACAGUCCUCUGUAAUGUCUCCUCCUUCACGGUGUCAGAGACGUCACGGUCCUCUGUAAUGUCUCCUCUUCCACGGUGUCAGAGACGCCACAGUCCUCUGUACAGAGUACGGACCCUACAGCAGACGGACGCUCUCUCAGAGUGUCAGGACUCAGACCGUUGGCCUACAUGUACUUCCUGGUUCAAUAACGUGUGUUUCUGUCACAGCACGUAUUACAUAUUUUGCCAGAUUGACCUUAAUGCCUGCUUAAAACCUUUUAUUUAACGUAAUGCACUUUCAGUCUGUUAUUUGCCACAAGUUAAAGAGUGUAUUUUGAGAAAAACCCAUGUAAGCUUAUUGCAUUUAUUUAAGAGGACCUAUAGAACAUGUUGUAUGGGAAUUUCUGGUGGUUGUUGUUAUGGUUGUUACGGUACAAAUAUUUAUUUGCACAGAGAAAUUAUCCUUAUCCUUACGUGAUGUUUUAAAUACAUUAACUCAUUUCAGUAAUAAAGAAAAGCUGAAUAGCCA